CGUAUUCUGUGCGGAAUUUUGAUAGUGUCAUUACUUCCUGUUUGUAGAAAAGUAUAAAGUUCUACUAAGAUCGUAAUGGAAAAUUGAAGCGGUGUAUUUUAUAAGCUUUUUCUCGAGUAUAUUUAUGUAUAAGCUUUCCUCUCGAAAUUACAAGAUAUUGCUUGUUAUAAAAUGUGGUUGAAGUAGAAGAAAAUUAUUACAAAUUUUAAUAUGCGUGUGAAAUUUAUAUACUACAAACUGGAUUUUGUUUACUGAGAUAAUAUUUAAUAAAUUUAAUUUUCUCUUUGAGUAUUUUUAACCAGCAAUCGGGAUGCGGCGCGGGCGGGCGCGCGUGGCGGUGCUGUCGUCGCUGAGCGCUGAGGGCUCUCGCCGCCAGAGGGACGUGGUGGUGCGCAGGGAGCAGCUGCCUGCGCCUGGGCCUCCGCCUCCGUCUGCAGCCAGCGUCCUCCCUGCCUUCGCCACGCCCACGCCCACGCCGCCGCCGACGCCGCCGCCCUCGCAGCCCCCGCGCAGGAUACCAUUGCGUCGACUGCCUCAACCACCUGCGGAUCAAAAUGAAAAACAGAAAGCUCAACCAUUACGUGGCACUGUAGCAUGGGAACAACCAAAAGGGAGGAGCAGAAGUGCAACAAGAUCAAAAGCUUUGAAGGCACCUACGACAUGCUGUAAAGUUCCUAAAUCUAGUACAUCCAAAGAAGAAUCUGAAGCUGAUGAGGUUGAUGGAGAGGAAGACGGAGAGGCAGAGAGGGAUAUUGAAGAAGAACAAGAAGAAGAAGAAGAAAAAAAAGAAAAAGAUGAUGGUCCAUCUGCUUUGCCAUCACCCUUGCCUCCAUCUCCGCCUCCUGGGCCUGAUGUCGUUCCUGCUACAAGUGAUGGCAGUGUCCGCUCUUAUGAUCCUCACCGUUACACCGUACCUCAAGAGGCUGAACCAGAAACUGGUCACACUUACGACUGGCGACGAUAUGCUGCCCCAGAGGAUUCGUUCUCCGCAAGACUUGGGAAGAGUUGGGAGAGAAAUGGGUUGGAUCAUGGUCAGGCGGCUGAAACUCAAGAAGAUUCCCCUGAAACCAACAAGAAGAUAGACUUAGAUGCUGUUUCUGUCCUGUCAGAAACAGGUUUCCAUGCAGCAAAUGACUUUGACGCGGAGUGCGAAGCGCGCCGCGGGGAGGUGUUGGAGGGCGACGUGCCGCCGCCGCCGCCGCCGCCGCCCGCGCCAUCGCCCUCGCCCGCGCCCACCGCCGCCCGCCCGCCGCCCGCCGACGCUGCGGAGCCCGCGGGUAAAAUUUCUGUUAUAUCAUGUAUGUGUCAUUCUGAAAUUGAUGCCUGGUAUGGUUUUGAACUUUUUCACUCCGAAAGUACAUUGCGCUCUUUUUCAUUCCGAAGAAACAUUAGUAAUAUUAAUUUCAAACGUAAUAAAAUUAGUACUUUAACUGAACAAUGUAUUCAAAAUGUGUUUUCAGAACGUCAGAAACAAACGCUGAAGGUAGAAAUGUGGAAAUAUGAGAAUUUUUAUAUUAGCAUU